UUAUAUUUACACUUCACACCUAUUAGACACAGCGAACAGACAAUGCCAGUCGACGAGGCUCCCAGACGGAGUCCAUAUUUUCACCAGACGUCCUUUCUCGCUAAACACGGACGUAUUUGAAAAUGUACCAGGAGGAUAUUUUCGCGGGUAAAUACGUCAACGCAUAAAUAACAGUAAUGCUCAGAUUAGAUUUGGGACGUGCUUUAAUAGGAGUCAGCCUACUCAAAUUCUGUCAUUGCUCAUUUUCAUGAGAGUUCACGGAAAUGUAAAAAAAAAGUUCAUGUGACACAUUUAAGCUAUUUUAAUAACAAAGCCGCAAUCGGCCCACUCUUAAUGAGUGCUUCUAUUUAUUCCGAGUGAAAAGGCCUUCCAUCAUCCAGCUUUCAUUUACAGCAUAUUCCUCGUCAAAAGUGACACAUUGUCUGGAAAAAAUCCACCCUAAAUGACUUGAAUGUUAAUCUCCACAAUCAAACUUUAACAGCGUCAAGGUUGAAAUGUGUAGUUUUAACUUGUUGCAUUGACAUUUCUUUUCACCUUCCUAUAUUACCCACAGUGUUCGACUUACUGCAGCUUGUGGGGCUGUAGGAUUCUGGGAUUCAUGAACAUUUUGCUUGUCACUACUCGAUUCAUACCAGAAACACGAUUUGUAAAUCGCAAAUGCAUCUGCUUUCUGUCUGAAGUAUGUUGAAAAAAUUUGCAGCAGUUUCUGGUAUUAAUAAUACUGUUUUUUUGUUAGUUUUUUUAUAUUAAACUCUAAACGAUACACAACAAUGCCUGGUGAAAUUAAAAAGAAACAACAGUUACAUAUAAUAAAAUAUGUCAUAUGUAAAUAUUAAUAAUACUGUUGACCACCGGUGACUCUCUUGAUGUUAAUACAAUCAAUACAAUUACAAUAUACAUAUCAAAUUUAUUAAAAAGAAAAUUUGUAUUCAAUUGUUUAGACCCUAUUUUUGGGAAUACAGAUUUUUGUUGGUGUGCAUGUUCUUUACAUUUAAUAAUUCAUUUUCUAAAGAUAUGUUUUACCUGAGUGUAAUUUUAGUCCACUUUUACAAAUGUCUGCACACAAGAUAUUUAUUUAUUUAUUCAUUCAAUUAAUUCCUUCCAUCCUCCAUUCAUUUAUUCACUCCUCGGGAUUGUCAGGAAUUUCUCCUUUUUAACAGAAUUCUUGAACGUAAAAAGGUUGGCAAUGACAGGAAAUGGCAGCAUUUUUCGCACAUGCGCAGUAGAAAUCGUGUUUCUGUUACGGAUUGAGUAGUGACAUUGCUCAAAAAGUUUCGCCUCCAAAGCCUCAACCCAUGGAUUCAUAGCCUGGACUGUAAUUGUCUUGUAUAGCUGCAUUGCAGUCAUUAGGUCUUUCACCUCAUCGUUCUCCCAUUGAAAGCCACUGUAACAGUGCCAGUGAUAUGGGCUGCAGCGAAGUAAAGAAUGCACAUUUGUAAGAAAUAGUGUGAUCUUCCUGGCCAAACAAGUUAGCUAACAUUUUCUAAUAGUAACUUAGUACACAAGUACAACAGCUCAGCGAGAAUGUCCCAGCGAGACUGCUAAGAUACUCUCUUAGUUCGCGAUGCAAACAUUUUGUUAACACAACAUUAAACUAAUUGGUGUGAUUGGGCAGAGAACAUGUUAAUUCAAUCCUGAUACCUUUUCAAUCCAUGAGCUGUAUUGUGUUGUGUACUUCAGAUUUAGCGUAUCAGGUUAUUAGCUAGAAAGCAAAAGAGCACUUGUUAGGAAACGGGGGUCAGAGGGCAGCCAUGAUAUAGGGGACUUGGCAAUAGCUUGGCAAUAUCAGGGCUUUAACCCCAACCCAUCCAGUCAGUAACUAUAGACCUUAAUCACUGAGCUACCACUUUUCUGUUACUGAUGAUAGCACUGAUGAGUAUCCAAGUUGCUAGCAUAGUGCUUGGGCAAAUAAAAUAUAAACCUGGUGGUUAGCAUGAUAAAUAGUACGAAAGACGAAUUAUCAGUUUGUUGGGCAGGCAGUAAGAUACUGUUUUUUAUUGCAAGAUGUUCAGGAAAAUCAGGAAAACCUUAAACUAUAAAGGCCUAUAAACAAUGCAGAAAGGCUUUGCACAAAGCUCUGGUUACAAUGCGCUGAACUGGAGACUCCUGCCAAUAAAAAACAUAAAGUUUGAAGAAAUCAGGUCUUUUGUUCUACAAUCCAUUACAUACAAUACAUACAACUACUGGUCAUUUUUACACUUACAGUAGAUUAGGUCAAGAGUACACCAUUAAAGUCCCUGGUAGUUGUAACAAUAGAUAUAUACCCUAUUAGAAGUGUUUUGUAUUAGAAUAUUAUCAAACUUAUAGUUGAUUUUAACAAAAUAUUUGCAAGGGAAAAGUUGGUACUAAUAGUAUAUCUGGAUCCCGAGGUGAUGGCAGGAAACCUGUACAUACAUAACUCGGUUACGGCACUGGAAAUGGUGAAUUCUGUGGCGAAUCACUUUAGAAACGAAAUUAGCAGAAUGCAGUUUGGGGGCUUCGGUUUUCCUGUCAGCGUAUGUUAUAUCUGCUGUUUGUGUGUGUGUGUGUGUGUGUGCGUGUGUGUUGCAGGGUUUUGGCUCUUAUGGAGUGUAUUGAUCCUGUUCAGCUGCUGCUGUGCGUAUCGGCAUCGCCAGGCUAAACAGAGAGUGCAGCAGCAGCAGAGACAGCGAGAGAUCAACCUAAUGGCCUACCAUGGAGCCUGCAGCUACCCGUCCUCCAUGCUGGACCUCAGUUUCCUUGCGUCACUCAAACUGCCAUCCUAUGAGGAAGUAGCAGCACAGCCCAGCACCCCACCCCCUCCCUACAGCUCGGUGGCUUACCCGCGAGGCUCAGCCCACCCAGGUCCAAGUCACAUGCUGUCCUCGCAGAGCUCUGACAACUACACCAGCUGCUCCUGCGACUCCUGCUGCCCGUCUUCGCCCUGUAGCUCCUCCCCUUCCUCCGCCCAGCUCACAGACGAAACUGACACAAGCCACACCUCCACGCCAUCUCACAGCGAAGCAGUACCCAUUAACUCCGGACAUGCCGCAGAGCGCCACCUUGAGACUCUUUCGACGCCGCCUCUUAAUGACCCUCUCCCCACUUCCUCGGGAGGAAUGAUGGUGGACUUGCCAGACUCUGCCCCCCUAGACUGCAAUGGCAACAGGACUGUUAAAACAGUCACUCAUCCGACAGUUAGCAACAACAACGGGAUCAGUGAUGCUGAAGAAAGUGCUAACUCAAACAAAACCUGUAACGUGACUCAAACUAGUAACUCGAAUGACGUUCAUAACUGCAGCAUCAAUGAAAGCACUAAUGUACCUCAGAGUAACAAUGAUAUUAGCAGCAAGGGUCGAACGUCCAACCUCAGUCCUACCAGAGACGAUAAAACCACCGACUUCGUCGACCUCUUUAAUCCACCCAGCAAUAUUAUUCAAAACACUCAAAAAUCGUAUCCCCCAAUCGCCAUCCCGUCAUCCUCUCCUCCAUCCUGUUCCCCCUUGUCGCCAACCUCUCCUUCUCUCCCUCCACCUUUAUCCCCAAUCUCUGAUCCACUAGGCGCCAUCUCCGAGCAGCAGACCUCUCCUGUGCAGUGGGUGGAGCCAAUGCAGACACACAAUUCAACCCCUUACAGACAUUCCAAACCUGCAUCUUUUUCACCUGACUUUCUGGAGCCGGAGCGGCGCGAUUCGGCGGUCUGCGACCUUGAUGUGGACCAAACGCACUUUCAGCAGCGACGCCUUACCGGAGACUCUGGGAUUGAGGUUUGCCGUUGCCGGAUCAACCACGAGGGGGAGGAAGAGGAAGAGGAGGAGGAAGAUGACGAGGAAGAGGACGAGAGAAAUCGUUUAGAGGACAAGCCCAGUCCUGUGACAAGCAAUGAUUUUCACGACAGUGCCAACUGCUCCAUCCGUGCCCAGCUUUCCCCUUCCGAGCUCGGGGACACGUGCGGGUCGGGCACCACCACUCCGGUGCACAGCGACGCGGUUGUUAUAGCCAUGGAAACUGUUUGACUGACAGACAGGCUGUUGAAAUCCGGGGCACGUGAGCCGUGCGUCAGCGGUGCCGAGAGAGCCUUCGGCUACGCAAAAGGGUAUUGCCAUUUAGUCUGAGUUCUAAACUAGGCGUGCUGUUGCAUUAGGACUGACGUCGUAGGGUGGUGAAAACGUGAAACUCUUACUUAAUAGCAUAGCAUAGGAAGGUCUCUCCAGCUCUUCCUCGUCCUCUUUCUCCCUCUCAUUGUCUCUUUGUCUGUCGUAGGAUAAAUGUCCUCGGUUCUCCAGCGCUUAAGAAGAAGCCUGUUUUGUGCCGACAGAGAGACUGAUGUUUGAGCCACACACUCGGGCCUAAUCCACAGACACACACACACACACACACACACACACACACACACACUCAUGUACACUGAAACACAGUAAACUUUGUGUAUGACACUAUCUGGGACGGAGACAUGGUGGUCCCUCUGUGAACACUUCUGUACUCAGUAGCACAUGCAACAACCAACUUUCCUUUUACAUCUCUCUCUUUCUCUCUCUCUCUCUCCGUCUCCCUAGUUCUUUCUCGAUCUCUCUCGCCCUCUUUCUUGUUUCUCGCCAUCAUAGUUCCUGGCGCAGAAUUCGAGAUCUAGUCUGUUCUGUUGCUGUGUUGUACAUGUCGAUAGAUUACAAAGUUGCUUGAACAGUAAACAUGCAAUAACACACUCUAACACACACUCUAACACACACACACACAUCUGUCCUGGGUUCCUCUGGGUAAUGUAGUUCACACUAGGUCAGGCAGCCAUUUUGUGCUUGGUGUUAUCUGGAGCUUAUCACCUGAAUGUAGGUUCACGCAAGCACAUACAUACACACAC